AUGAAGUCUAAAGCCGAGGAGCUGUUGGGAAAUGGCCAUCCCCCUUACUCUUGCCGCAGGCUGGCCAAGAAUGUCCAGAAGCACCAGCAGCUGUUGUGGACCCUGGAGUCCUUGGUUACUGGGCGGGCUGUACGAGAGGUCCGAGACAGGGAUGUCCCACUGACCCAGCAGCUGCUACAGUACCACGCAGACCAAGCACACUCCCAGGAAAAGACGAUGGCUGACUGGGAGCCCAUGGGGGUAGUUGGCCUCAUCCUGCCACCCACAUUCUCCUUCCUUGAGAUGAUGUGGAGGAUUUGCCCUGCUCUGGCUAUGGGCUGCACUGUAGUGGUCCUCGUGCCCCCGGUCUCCCCCACGCCCCUCCUCCUGGCUCAACUGGCAGGCGAAUUAGGCACCUUCCCAGGAAUCCUCAAUGUGCUUAUGGGCUCCACCCCACUGGGGCCUGUCCUGGCCUCCCAGCCUUGCGUCCAGAAGGUGGUCUUCUGUGGAGCUGUUGAGGAAGGACGUGCCCUUCGGCGGACCCUGGCGGGCCACGGCGUCGAGCUGGCCCUGGCGCUGGGGACAGAGUCGCUGCUGCUGCUGGCAGACACAGCGGACGUGGAUUCCGCCGUGGAGGGUGUUGUGGAUGCAGCUUGGUCAGACCGAAGCCCGGGGGGCCUGAGGCUCCUUGUCCAGGAGUCCAUGUGGGACGAGACCACGAGGCGGCUCCAGGCACGGAUGAGGCAGCUGCGGGCUGGCCGAGGACUGGAUGGAGCCGUGGACAUGGGGGCUCGAGGGGCAGCCUCACUUGCCCAGGCCCAGCACUAUGUUCACAAGGCCCAGAGCCAAGGGGCACAGGUGUUCCAAGCUGGCGAUGUGCCCACAAACAGCCCGUUCUUCCCCCCGACCUUGAUCUCUGACCUGCCUCCAGCCGCCCCUUGUGCCCAGUCUGAGGUUCCCUGGCCUGUGGUUGUGGCCUUCCCGUUCCGCACGACCAAGGAGGGCCUGGCUCUGGCCAAUGGGAUGUUCCAGGGAAACAGCGCCAGCGUGUGGAGCGAGAGGCUGGGGCAAGCACUGGACCUGGGCUACGGGCUCCAGGUGGGCACAGUCUGGAUCAAUACCCACGGCCUCAGCGACCCUGCAGUACCUGUGGGUGGAAGCAAGACGAACGGUUCUUCCCAGCAUGGGGGCCUAGAUGGCUGUUACGAGUAUCUGAGGCCCACAGCACUCCCUGCCCGGCAGCCCUACCUGUCUGAGAGUCUGAACUAUGACACCUUUGGCCUUGCUAUCCCCUCCUCCCAACCAGCUGAGCCUGAAAUGCAGCCCAGCCCAGUGCCCCGCUAUGGGCUCUUUGUUGGGGGCCGUUUCCAGACCCCAGGAGCCCAGAGUUCCAGGCCCAUCCGGGAUCACUCUGGCAAGCUCCAGGGCUACGUGGCUGAGGGUACAGCCAAAACCAUCCAAGAUGCGGUGCAGGCUGCUCAUCAGGCCACCUCUGGCUGGGUGGCCCAGUCACCAGCUUCCCGGGUGGCCGUGCUCUGGGCCUUGGCGGCUGCAUUGGAAAACCACAACUCUGCCUUGGUCUCGAUUCUGGAACGUCAGGGAAUGAAGCCUGAGGCCGCCAAAAAGGAGCUGAAACUAAGCAUGGAGCGGCUUCGGGAGUGGAGGAGCCCCCAGGCCCAGGGCCAAAUCCUGCAGGUAAGAGGGGUCUGUGGCGGUGGGCGGACAGGACAGACAGUCCUGCACAAG